CACAUUCAUCCAGAGAAAAUUCAGUGAUAGAACCACUAGGAUUAAUCAGGAAUUACUCGAUGUGUAUUUUUGGACCAAGGCUGACAAAAUCCUUUUUUGGAAAAAUUUGGUAACAUAUUUUGAGGCUAUUCAAAUCGCAACACCAUGGAACAUUGACAUUUUUGCAAAUUGGAAAAAAAGUUGUAGAUGGGGAUGAUAAAUUGAAAAUCAUGAGAAGAAUUUAUGAUUCAGCCUCACGACGCAGCUCUACAUCCUCCUCAACAAACAGAAUUGCUGGGUCAAACUGGGAAUGCGGCAUAAAAUUUAUCCGAGCAUGUAUUGUACAUUUUAAAAAAACAGCAGCGGAAGCUAAACGUCAGGACUCAAGUUGUUCCUUUACUAUAUCUUCAACCCCAGAAACUGAGAGCUUCAAAGCCAUGGAUUUGAGUUCUGAGAAGGGAAUCCAGGGGUAGAAAGCCACCCCGCCACUGGAAGAUCUGCUUGUAAAAGGGAUGGAUCUUCUUCCAUAGGAAGUUACGAUCAAUAUUCUAUCGAGAUUAACCAUGGAUGCCGAAGAGGGAAUAGAGAAGAAAAGGGUCAAACUUGCAGAUGAUCCUUCCAACAGAGCGAUGGUCCAUAGAGGUCUUCAUCUUCUCCCACCGGAGAUCCUGCUCGAAAUCUUAUCAAGACUCCCGAUCACCUCUCUGAUGCACUUCAAGACCACUUCUCAUGCCGGCUAUGAUUUAAUUGCCAAUCCAGGACUCCCUGCGAUGUUCCACAACCGGGUAAGCGACUCAAACCCAUCUCUGAUUCUGUUCAACCACAAUUUCGUUGCCUCCCGGUUCCUGCAACUCUAUUUUGUGGAUAGUGAGGGUUAUAGUAGAAUGGUAAGGAAAAUCGACCCACCACAGCAUUCAGAAGUUAAUAAUUUGGUGGGUUCUUGUAACGGGCUGUUAUGCUUAUCCUUUCCCAUAAUUGGUGGUUCAUCGGAGUCUCAGAGUCUGCUAAUUUACAAUCCCUUUGUUGGAGACGCUGUGAGAGUCCAACCAGCGGACCAAUACCUGAAUCAAUUUGAAGACUUUGGAUUUGGGUUUCAUCCGAGGACAGGAGAAUUCAAAGUGGUCAGGAUUGUGUACUACGACAAGAUCAUAGACCCGGCGCUAGAUGUGGGAGAAGUGGGUGAAGAAUUCGCCACCGUUGAUGAUGCAAUGGUUCAGGUGCUUACCGUUGGAACAACGGAGUGGAGAAAGAAAGGAGCUCCGCCUCCACAGUUCGCGGAUGUAAUCGGACCACCUGAGGCUCUAGUUGAGGGAUCUCUCCAUUGGAUGACUGUUGUUGGGAUGGGAGGAGUCGGUGUUAUCUUUGGUAUUAUCUCCUUCGAGCUUGCAGAUGAGGUGUUCGAAGAAAUUCCGCACCCACCAUGUCAACGAUUUGUGUCAUGGCGCUACAGUCUUUCCAUGCUCAAUGGUUGUCUAUCGGCUGCUAGGUUAGUUGAUAAUUUGCAUUUUGAUAUCUGGGUGAUGAAGCAAUACCAUGUUGAGGAAUCUUGGGUAAAACAAUUCUCCUUUGAUCCCUAUUUUGCUGGUGGAUGGCCAAGCUAUUCAAAAAUAUUUCCCGAAGUUAUAUGCGCACUGAAGAAUGGUGAGAUUCUGUUGCAGUAUGAUGACAGUUCUCUGGUUUCUUAUGAUGCUGUGGAAAACAGAUUCAAGAUUCUUCAAAUGAGUGGGUUACCCAAUUGGUUCCAGGCACUUCCUUUUCUACCUUCUCUUUUCUCAGCAAAGGCAACCAUGAAUUUGCAAGUUUAACUUCUCUUUUCCUGUAAGACUCUACUACUAGUUUUUAGUUUGUGUUCAAUCUUUGAUCAUCAAUGCAUCAGUAACAUGGAAUGGUGAUUGAAGAUUUUGCUUCGAGCUGGGUGGGAAGAUUAAUAAGAGUUUUAUGUCCUGAACCAAGGGAAGAUUGUGUUGGGGUGUAACAAGAAAGCUCUGGAUUCUUGUGAUCCUAAAACCAACAGGUUCAAGGCUCUAAGGAUCAACCGGCUUCCGUAGCAGUUCCAAGCUUUUGCUUUCCAGCCUACUUUGUUCUCAGGAAAGGAAACCGUUGAAAUAACCUUCACAACUCUUCUUUAUCAUACACAUAUUUAAUUUCCUCUGCUUUAGUCAGGCUUCCAUUGUUUAUAUGUUGAUUAAUUAAUCAUUUUUUGUGGU